AUGCAUAUGCACUCUCUCGUUGCAGCCCUGGCGGCUGGCACUUUGCCUCUCCUCGCCUCCGCCGCUGGCCUCCACCAGUCUGCUGUGGCCAAGGGCCUUGUGUACUUCGGCUCUGCCACCGAUAACGGGGAACUGAGCGAUACGGCGUACGUAUCUCAGCUCAGUAACACGAACGACUUUGGGCAGAUCACACCCGGAAACUCGAUGAAGUGGGAUGCCACUGAGCCGUCGCGGAACAGCUUCUCAUACUCGGGGGGUGAUGCCAUUGCCAACCUCGCCGAGAAGAAUGGCCAGAAGCUCCGCUGUCACACGCUGGUGUGGCAUAGCCAGCUUCCCAGCUGGGUCAGCAGCGGCAGCUGGACCAAUGCGACCCUCAUUGCCGCCAUGAAGAACCACAUCACGAACGUGGUCACCCACUACAAAGGCCGCUGCUACGCCUGGGAUGUCGUCAACGAAGCCCUCAACGAAGACGGCUCCUACCGCAACAGCAUCUUCUACCAGGUCAUCGGCGAAGCCUACAUCCCCAUCGCCUUCGCCACCGCGGCCGCCGCCGACCCGAGCGCAAAGCUCUACUACAACGACUACAACACCGAGUACGCCGGGGCCAAGGCCACCGGCGCGCAGCGCAUCGUGAAGCUGGUGCAGUCGUACGGCGCCAAGAUCGACGGCGUCGGCCUGCAGGCGCAUCUCAUCGUCGGCAACGUCGCCAGCGCCUCGACCCUCGCCUCCGUGCUGAAGGGCUUCACCUCGCUCGGCGUCGAGGUCGCCUACACCGAGCUCGACAUCCGCAUGACCCUGCCCUCGACCUCCGCCCUGCUCGCCCAACAGGCCACCGACUACCAGAACGUCGCGGCUGCCUGCGUGUCCACCUCCGGCUGCAUCGGCAUCACCAUCUGGGACUGGACCGAUAAGUACUCGUGGGUGCCGAGCGUGUUCUCCGGCCAGGGCGCCGCCCUGCCGUGGGAUUCCAACUUUGCGAAGAAGCCCGCCUACAAUGGCAUCCUGGCCGGCCUGGGCGCGAGCUCCUCCACCUCGACCACCUCGACCACCCUGACGACCACGACUAAGACGACCACGUCGGCCGGCUCGGGCUCGACCGGUGUUUCGCAGAAAUGGGGCCAGUGCGGUGGGCUUGGCUGGACCGGACCGACGACCUGUGUCAGCGGCACGACCUGUCAGUACCAGAAUGACUGGUACUCGCAGUGUCUGUAG